AUGCAAGAUCCCUACAACGGUAAAGUUCUCCUCGCCGCCGUCAUUUGCUUAUCCGUAGUCAUCCUCUUCGUCAUCCUCCUCCACCUCUACGGGCGCUGGCUUCUUCACCGCAGCCGCACCGCCCACACAAACAGUGUGCUUACUGACUUCCACCUCCGUCGCCGGAGCUCCGUCGAUGAAACGGCGGCUGUUGCUGUAUCUUCCAGAGAUAGUGGGCUGGACUCGACGGCGGUGGCGGCGUUGCCGAUAUUCGUUUAUGAUGGGAAGGAGCAGAAUGGGAAAAUAGUGGACUGUGUGGUUUGUUUGAGUGUGAUGGAGGAAGGGGAAAAGGGGAGAAUUUUACCGAGAUGUGGGCAUGGGUUUCAUGUUCGCUGUAUUGAUGUGUGGCUGAUGGGGAAUUCUACUUGUCCGAUUUGUCGGGCGCCAGCGGUGGAGGAGGAGGAUUGUGAGGUGGUGGUGGUGGUGGAGAGUAAUGAUGGGGUUGGGGAGGUGAGUGAGGUGGCGGUGGUGGAGAUGGAAGAUGUUGAGAAAGAAGAGUCUUCUUCUUCUUCUACUACUACUACUAUGGUUGGUGGUUCUCUGAAGAGAAUGUUGAGCAGAAGUAGAUCGGAUAAGAGAGUUUUCCCCUCUGUUCUUGAGAAUUAG